AUGUUUUUAGGUUAUGUUGCCUAGCUUGUAGCUUACCCUCCAAAAAAAAAGCCAUUUUCAAUAAAUAAAAUUCGAUUUCCCAGGUAAUAAACAUGAAUAAUCGUGAUAGUUCCUCCGAAACUCCCGACACAAGAUCAAAAAAUAAAAUCAUACAGGACUUAAUCAAGGAAACUUGCAAAAAGUUAAAUAUGCAACGCAGACAAAGGACCAGAGACAGAUCCCAUAAAAAGGAUACCAAACUUGAAAGGGCAAUUGCUCAACAGAGUCCCAAAGUAGAAGAACCUCCGAGUGAGUCACCAACAGUAUUACUUCCCUCUAUAACUGAAACAAAUUGGAAAAACUUUGAGGAGAGACUGAACAAUGACACCAUGGACGAAGUAACUAAAAAACUAAACGCAUGUUUAAUUCGAAUGCAUGGCUGGGAUGUGGUCGAGACCCACUUCACGAGCCUUCAUUUUGUCCGCAAGGCCUUAAUUGAAGCUUUAAUGAGUAGAAACUGGGACAAUUUGCUCAUAUUAGUUGUUAUGUUUGCUAAGAACUAUAGUAGUCCUGUUUUUACACCUUUUAUAAGACUUAUGUGUCAAAUUCUCAAGUACUACCAUCCUGGCAUAAGGGGAACAGAACUAGAAGACCAAAUAGACUUAAUUAUUGAAAAACACAGCCGAAGACAUGAUGCAAGAAUAAAUCAUAAAACUUAUUUAUUCGAAAAAAACAACCAUAAUUGAGGGGGUCAGAAGCCA